CCAUGGGAUUGCUCAUUAAGCCCCGAGAGGGCAGUGUCGCUGGAGGAACGUGGAUUGCUAUUACUCUGGAUGGCUCAACAUCCCAUCAGUUAGAACAUGCCUCUUUGACCAGCAUGUCCCAGCUGGAGGUAUCCCUGGUGAAUCCAGACCUGCCCAGGCUGCCAUGUGAUGUCUCUCCUCUGUUUUUUGACUUACCCACUGUAAGAUGCAGAACAAGGUCUUCACCCCAGGAGGGUUUGUAUUAUGUGGAGGUGAUCUUUCAAGGACAUGUGAUUAACAACCUGACUGAGGUGGAGAAAGAAAACUGUACUUUCAAGUUCUCUGCUGUGCAGACACCUGUGGUUUACCAAAUUAGUCCACCAUCUGGCAUCCCAGGAAAUUUAAUAGAGAUUUAUGGGAAGACAAUUGCUGGAAGAUAUGAGACGCUGGACUUCAACAUGGAUUAUAUUGAUGGGUAAUUAUAUAUAGGGUGCUGUCUGACCCAGUCCAUGUAAAUUGAGAUUUCUUCCAUCAGCCUCCUUGACAGCAAUAAAUUGCAACCAGUUGGCCCAGAAUUGUCAUUUACUUCCUUUGUGGUUUAUUGCAGCUCAUGAGUUGGGCUCCAGCAAACUUUGUUAAUCUAAUUGCAACUGGUCCAUUAAGCUAGUUGGUUUGUUUACUGGCAGCACAGUCAAUCACAGCUCAGUGUGAAUUGUACUGUAAUUGCGCCUGGUUGCUGUAGAUUUUAUUUUGGCUAGCAAAUUAAAAUUUAACUAAUUAAAAUAAUGUCAGAAUCUAAAAGUUAAAUAAAUUUUCCCUUCCAUUUGC